AUGUCUGAGCUGACGGCGGCCGAAAAAAGGCGUCUACUGAGGGAGAGGCGGCAAGCCAAGCUUGCAGCCACGUCUUCUGACAGACUGGGAAAAAUCACUGGCACAGUGGGCUCUCAUCUGCCUACAGCGUCUCCGUUGUCAGCUGAAGAUCCCCCGGUGUCAGACAUCAGUGAGGCGACGACUCCUGCCAUCGAUGGAAGCAGCGGCGACUCAGAGCCGUCGAUGGACAAGAUUUUAGAAAGUAUGCUGAGCCAGGGCCACAACCACAAUGUGCCGUCACUUCUGCCCGACGACUUCAUGAAGACCAUGUCGUCUAUUCUCCCUUCGACGAACGACGAGUCUACAGAGCCGACGCCUGGACCAGAGAGUAAUGCCUCUGAGCACGAGAUGCAGCUUAAUGAGUACAACAGGUACCAAUUGCGAAAGUUCAGACUUGGGUUUACGGCCCUCAGAUUUGUGAGUGUGCUCACGCUGGUUUAUUUCAAGCUCGUGGGGUACACCUUGUUCUACCCGUCAUUUGAGCGUCUGGAUCACGGGUAUGGCAAGAUUGAUCUAUGGAACUGGUUUACGAUCCUCGAGGUGAUCUUCUCGGUGGUCUACGUGCUUGUUUACAGGUUCCUUCCGCGGACAAAAGAGAAUUCCAUCUUCAGCAUCAUCGAAGGAAUUUUGCCGCAGCGCUACCGCAGCCGGUUUGAGAUGAUUGUCAAGUACAGAGACGUUAUUGCGUUCUGGAUCAACGAUCUGUCGGUCCUGAUUUUGGCGCUGGGCUGUCUCGCGUGGCUCAAUAAUUAG